AUGCGCAUCAAUCACCUGUUCGAGAACUUUUCCGACGUAUCCGACCCAGCCGAGGGCGUGCGGAUUGGCGCGGCCCCUCCGACCUGGCUUUCGGGAAAUUUUCUCCGAAAUGGCCCGGGCAAGUUUAAAUUUGGUGAUGAUGAGGUAAAUCAUUGGUUCGACGGUAUGGCCUAUCCACAGCGAUAUCACUUCGAAAAUGGCCGGAUGCUUUAUUCCGCAAAAUUCCUCAAAUCCCACGCGUAUCUGGCUUGCGAGAAAGACAAACGACUCGCUGUUUCGACAUUUGCAACCCCGCGAAGCGUGCAAAAGAAUAUGAAAGCUAAACCGGACAGCGGCGCCUACAAUUGUCUGGUCAAUUUUUUGCAGGUCAACAAGGAAGUUUAUGCUCUCACCGAAACGUCAAAGUGGCUUCGAAUUUGUCAGGAUACGUUGGAGGUGCAGGCACAGGAAGACAUAAGUAACCACGUGGCAGAGAUACUGUCUUGCUCGGCGCAUCCAAUUCGAGAUCGUGACGGCACGGUCACUGAGCCCACCUGCUUCCGCGAUGCCUUAUUUUGGAAGGAGCGCCAAUACGUUAACAUUAUUCUGGUGGACAAAAAGACCGGAAAUCGGCAUCCGCGCAAGUUCUUCGCCCCGCCCUUCUUCACUUUUCACCACGCCAACGCCUUUGAACGCGACGGAUUUUUGUACGUCGAUUUUUGUCUCGUGGAAAAUCCGGGGAAUUUCGAGGACUUGCUGCUACAACACAUGCGAGAUGGCUCUUUUUCGUCUAGGAACCCAUUGUUCCGCCCAUUUCUCCAUCGAAUCGUCAUUCCUACCAAUGUUUCCGGAGGGAUCAUCCUCGUGCCGGUGAUGAGCGCGAACCAGCGGAAAAAGCCAAUUUUCAUGAUUCUCGACGCCAAAAGCCUCCGCGAGAUUUGUCGGUACGUUCUACCCGUUCCACGGAUCCCCAUGGGUUUCCACGCAAUAUUCGUUGAUGCAGCAGCCGGAGACAAAGAAAAU